UAAGGCGGGACCAAUGAGCGGGCCGGUCGUGCGCACGCCCAUUGAAUCCCCUCUCGCGCCUGUCAGUUUCGGUCUGGACCGAAGACCAGCUAUGGAAAAAUGGAGCUUAAUCACAAUUACUGUGUUACUUGGACUUAUUGUUCGUUGGACUGUAUCACUUGGUCCUUAUUCAGGUGCAGGAAAACCACCUAUGUAUGGAGACUAUGAAGCUCAAAGACACUGGCAAGAAAUUACUUAUAAUCUGCCAGUCAAACACUGGUACUUUAACACCAGUGACAAUAAUUUACAAUAUUGGGGCCUUGACUACCCACCUCUUACUGCUUAUCACAGUCUUCUGUGUGCUUAUGUGGCAAAGUUAAUAAAUCCCAGUUGGAUUACUCUACACACAUCUCGUGGGUAUGAGAGCCAAUCACACAAGUUAUUUAUGCGUGCAUCAGUUCUUGUUGCUGAUAUGCUAGUUUAUAUUCCUGCAGUAUUCUUAUACUGCUGUUAUUUAAAAGAGAUAUCGAUAAAAAAGAAGAUUUCUAGUGCUCUCUGCACAUUGCUUUAUCCUGGUCUAAUUCUGAUUGACUAUGGACAUUUUCAAUAUAAUUCCGUGAGUCUUGGUCUUGCUUUGUGGGGAGUGCUGUUUCUAUCUUACGACUUUGACCUUUUGGGUUCCGCAGCAUUUUGUUUUGCUCUAAACUACAAACAAAUGGAGCUCUACCACGCUUUGCCCUUCUUCUGCUACUUACUAGGAAAGUGCUUCAAGAAAGGCCUGAUGGGCAAAGGGUUAUGGUUGUUGAUGAAACUGUCUUUUAUUGUCAUUCUUUCUUUUGCGAUCUGCUGGCUCCCAUUUUGUACAGACAUUGAACAAAUUUUGCAAGUGCUCAGAAGGCUCUUUCCAGUAGAUCGAGGUUUGUUUGAGGAUAAAGUAGCCAAUAUUUGGUGCUCUUUAAGCAUUCUUUUCAAAAUAAAGACAAUCCUGACAAGAGAAACACAACUUAAAUUAAGUUUUGCUUUAACAUUCCUGACUGUACUUCCCAGUUGCAUAAAACUGACUCUGCAACCUUCGCUCAGAGGAUUUAAAUAUGGCUUGGUUUGCUGUUCAUUGUCUUUCUUUCUCUUCUCAUUCCAAGCGCAUGAAAAAUCUGUUCUUCUUGUUUCGGUACCAGUUUGCUUAGUUAUACAUGAAAUUCCUUUUAUAUCUACAUGGUUUCUUCUAGUUUCAACUUUCAGCAUGCUUCCUCUUCUAUUAAAGGAUGGCCUUCUUUUGUCUUACAUUGUCACAAUGUUGGCUUUCCUCCUGGUCUGUACAACUUCUUUUUCAAUAUUUGAAAAAACAUCUGAAGAAGAUCUGCAGCUAAAAAAACUUUCCAGUUACUUAAAGAAAUACAUUACUUGGUUGAAGACAUUUUCAAAACUUAUGAAGAGUUUAUUUUUCAUGUCAGUAAUUGUGAUUAGCAUCCUGAGUUUAUUUCAUGCUGCCUAUACACAACAAUCUGGUCUACUGAUGGUCAAGGCAAGUAGGUAG